UUGUGCUUAUUAUUUUGAAUUAUGUUAUGAUUGAAAACAAAAUAAACUUUGAGAAUUUUUCUAUUACUUAUAAAAUAAUUAUAUUGAAACCAAAUUAGGAAAUAAGCUAAAAUGAUGUCAAAUAGAUAUGCUACUGGGCAAUCAUCGGCUAUUAGAAAAUCAAGACUCGAAGGAAAACCGUCGUUACUACCAAAACCGCGACGUCCCGGCUCUACAGAUAGGUUGUCGACGGAGGCUCGUCGGCCUUCAACGACGGGACAUCGUUCAAGCAGCGCUGAGCCCGCUAGAGGAACUUUUGGUGCUCGCUUGAGUAGAGAGGCCUCUGCUACAAAGUUACAAUUGAAUGGGAGGUCUAGGUCUCAGACAGGGGAGUCAAGAUAUGGUCAGGCUACUACUACUCCUCUACGAACAACUCACUACUCUAGACCCACCACUACCCCAGUGAGAACACCGUCGGAGGACCGCUCGAGUCGCAGCUGGCAGACGUCCCUGGAGCGGGCGCUGGCGUUCGUCACCAUCAAGGACCAGCGGCCGCUGGCGAGCGCGGCGUGGCAGCGCGCGGAGUGCGCGCGCGUGUCGGAGGCGCUGUGCGCGCGCGGCGCGGGCGCGGGGCUGCUGCGGCCGCUCACCAUCGCGCGCUUCGUGGACGUGGCGGGCGCGCUGCUGGCCGCCGUCUCGCGCGACGCCAAGCUCUCCUCCGACAACUACGUCACUAAGCUGCCGCACCUGUCCAAGCGCCUGCUGUACCCGGGCGCCGUGUCCAAGUCGUGGCUGCGCACCGUCAACACGCUGCACGCCUUCCCGCACGCGCUGGCGCUCAUCGCAUACCUGCUCGACCUCGUCGCGCACAUCGAAAUGCCAGUUCUAGAUGAGUGGCUUUACGUCGGGAAGGACGAGCUGGCGUGUCUCCGACGCGACUACCUGUAUAAGUGUUGGAUCAGGUUUCAAGAUCCCGGACAUCAAUUUGAAGAUUUGAACGAGGAUUACUUGGAAAAUUUAAAAGUGCUUCUCGGAAACGAUGAGGAGAAGAUAGCGGAGCUGCAACAAGUUAUCAAAAAGUACGAGACGUGCCUGGAGGACGAGGCCGAGAGGAGCGCGCGCGCCGACGAGCAGCGCCGGGCGGCGCGGCGCGACGCGCUGCUCGGCGCGCUGCGCUCCGCCCGCGUGGCGCGCCGCGAGCAGGCCGAGCGCGCGCACGAGCAGCGCGCGCUGCGCGGGCAGCACGCCGACGCCGCGCGCCACCUCGAGCUGGACGUGGAGCGCGCCGCCGCCGAGCUGGAGCGCGUGCGCGCCGAGCUGGACGCGCAGCCGCUGUCCGUGGCCGAGCGCGCGCGCCUGCUGGACGACGUGGACUACGCGGCGCGCGUGCACGACUCCAAGCGCGCGCUCGCCGACCAGAUCGCCAAGAUGGUGAUGACCAAGGAGACCGAGCUGGCGCUGUGGCAAAAGAAAACGUUGGACAGCUGCGUGGAGUACAAGCAGGGACUCAUACACCUCUCCGCGCACCUCCCCGCUCUGGCCGGGCUCGCCGUCGACGAGAAGGAGCUGAUGGGCGCGGAGUGCGCGGCGAGACUGUGCGAGGCGGUAGAGGCGCUGCGCGAGCAGGCCGCACGUCUGUCCGCAGCACGCGCCGACUGCGCACGCGCACGCUCCGCACUCGCACGCCGACGCGCGCUGCUGCUCGAGGAGGCUCGCACAAAAAUUGCAGAGAUGAAAUCGAAUGUUCAACGGGAGCAACAAUCGUUGGACGCAGAAUUGAGCAAGGAGUCUUCCGAAGCCGCCGCCUGGACCGCCGAAGAAUUGGAGGUGGCCGACAGGCUUGAGAAGCUGAGAGGGUGUCAAGAGGAGUAUGCGAGAGUAGAUAGUGAGCUGGAGUUCUGGGAAAAGCAGGACUUGGAAUGGCGCACGCGGCUGGCUGAAUUGGAGCAAUACAUCGCGAAUCAAAAGAUUGAAAGCAAACGAAUGCUAGAGAGCGCGCGCGAGCGACGUCUGCGGCUUGUGCUGGACAAUCUCGCCUUGUGGAACGAGAAGCUGGGCCGCGACUGAUGCAAAUUUUGUUUAUGAUUAGAUUCUAUCACUGUUUAUAUUAGGGUUACAUACUUUUUUAUGAGUUGUGAAUAAGUGUUGAACUGGACAGGAAUAAUUUUUAUUUAAUACUGA